AUGGUUACUUUAAGCUGGGCAGAAAAUUUAGUUGGACGAGAUUGGGAAAUCUGGUGGUCUGACAAUGAAGAAGGCACUUCAGGGGACAAUAAUGAUGAUGGGAAUCAAGACCAACCAUCUGGAAUGGAUGUCGACAACAAUGAUUCGGUAUUGGAUGACACGAUGACAGGUCGGGAUCUAGUGUCAUCUACAGUCAUGGCUUCGCUUGAUAAUACCACAGAUGAUCCUGUUGAUCGAAACGAAAAUAAUGACGAAUCGGAAAGUGAAGGGGAAGGCAGUGUCAUCGACGAUUGGUAUGCCGGCCGCAUCUUGUCCUUCGAGCAAUCUGGGCAAUCUUUCAUCUUCAAGGUUAUUUUCGUUGGCGACGAGGAGGAAUAUGAAAUGGCCCUUGACUCAACAAAAGUUCGUCCGAGUGCGAUUGCUUGGAUUAAACGGACAAAGGCAAUUCUUUGCUCGUCUGAAUUCCCAUCUGACUCGGAGCUUCCGCCUGACACAAAUACCGAUCUAGAUUCCACGGCACUGAGUGAAAUUGAAAUGGAAAACGAACAGUAUCACCCCACUUUGUCCAUUCCACAAAAAGGGAGAAAAAAAGCUGAGACAAUAGGAAACGAAGAUUUGCGCAGAGUUCUUCGCAUGAAAUGCUUACUUCGAAGGCAAAUUUAUCUUCGAACUAAACUGGCAAAGAUAGAGAAUCAUGCAGGUAGUGAAAAAUACGUGGAUGGGGAACCAAAUCCCACCGAAACUUACGUCAAUCAUCUUGUGCUAUGUUGCAACGAUCAAAUAGAGUUUUGUGACUGGUUUUGUCGCUGCUGGAACUUCCUUUGUACAAUCUUCUGUGAAAAGUCAAGCGAAUCGCAAUCAGAUCAACCAAGACCUACGAUUGACCAAGUUGUGGCAACUUAUUUCGAAACGGGGAAGAACGUAAUUAUGAACUUUCUGUCGAUCGAUGUAGAAUCGAAAGUCUCGAAGAGGCGACAACCUGUGACAUAUACCACACAAAGCGCCCGCCAGUCAAAGCGAAGAAGGAAAAUGAAGGGCGGAAGUGACUCCUAUGAUGGUGGCCCAACAAACUCAAUUGCAGAUCCAUUACUCCAAACGAUAACGAAUCACUCUGAGGCUUUCUUGAUGAGCAUUGCCGAGGAAAUGAUGAAGACGAUAUGUAGCUUCGUUAUUGAUAAAGCAUUGACAUGGAAGCAUGAUGCGGAAGUGUUGUUGAGGCUAGCUGAAGCCGACAAAGCGCAAGUGCUGAAAUCCAAUGAGGGCGAUGAGUCUGGAUCAGCAGAUUCCAAAGAUGAUGUAACCAAGUAUGUUACUCUGGAGCAAAUCAAACCCGUCAUAGAUUCGGCUAUAGAAGAUGAUGUCAUGGCGCAGCUUGACACCAAUCCCAUGAAGGAUUCAUUGCAAAAGAAGAUGGACAAAGUCCUUGAAACAGAAGUCAUUGCCCGAAGUUUACUCUCCCAAAUUGGAAAUGAAGACGGCGACUCAACCGAUAACAGCGAUAAAAUCCUUUCCAGCCUACAGAAGAUCAGUGAGGAACUUGAAAAUAGCGAGAGUCCAUUGCGCAACGUCGACCCCAUUGGAAAUUCCGAGCAUCCGAUUUCACGUGAUGCAAUUCGUGAAGCGAUACAACUGAGAUCUUGGCUAAUAAAAGUGUGGCAUGCAGGCAAAGUGAGAGAACGAUACGCCUUCAUCGAAGACUUGAGCGAUCAUAUUGCGGAGCCACCAGGUGUUUCGUAUCUUUCUGAAGUGACGGAAAGUGCGCAUCUAGCGUCUCAAGUUGCCGAUGCACAAAAGCAGGCUGAAGCUUUGGUUGACCAAGCCAAGCUUGCAGCUUCCAAGGAGUUGGCCUUAGAGGACCUCUGGGAUUCUUCGACCGUUAAUCUCCAGUCGAUAGCAGGAGUCGAAGAUGUAGCAGCUUCGCUAUCUUCGAAUUCGUGCAUUUUAAUGAACGAAGAAAAACUAGCUCUUCGAAAGGAUGUUCUUUCGUGGGUUGAAACGGCAAGGGAAAUCAUGUCCAAAGCUGGCGAGAAAGGUCAUGACUUCAGUCAACUUGAGAUUCUAAACCAGGAUUGCCAAGAAAUUUUGAAAGGCCGCUCAAAGGGACUCAUGAGAUUGCUGGAAGGUGUCCACCCUAACACCAAAGUAGAAAAGGAAUUGGAACGCUUUGGUUCUAGUGAUAUCUCUUCAAUCGGUGGACCAUUGCUUAACGAGGUAUCACAGUUCUAUUUGACAGCUUUGCAGUGGAAGCAAAGAAGCCAAUCCAUAAUAUCUACACUACGACUCCAUGGUAACACUUUUGCCGGGGAACCGAUGUCGGCACAAAAGACUCCACCCAUGGUCGAUAUCAAGAGAAUCAAAGACUUGCUGGCAGAGUACAAAUCUCUAGGGGUGCAGUUACAUAACGAAUUCCAGGUGCUCGAAGCCGUCGACAAAGAAGCCACAGAGUGGAGCGUCCGACUAUACCAAAAGCUUAAUCAAGAUUCUAUCUCACCAGCAGAGUGCCUUUCCGUUCUGUUGGAACAGCGAGAUUUACGCCCAUCAGGAAUGAUCGUUGACCCUGUUCGGCAUCUGUUUGAUUUGAUGGUUGAUACUCUGACAUGGUAUCAGCGGAUACAGGAGUCCGUUAAGUUUGCUGAAACCGAAGUGCUUGGUCUGACCAAGAAUAAUCGUCCACAAUCUGAGAUUGACCAGAAACAUUCUUCACUCUGUGUUGAUCGCUUUUAUCCUUUACUUGUCGAUGGCAGCGAGGUCUUGCAGCUCUAUGCCAAAACUACUGGGCUUGGUGAUUUUGCGGCAAACCUUUCGCAACAAUGCGAAGAGAUCCUUGAGUCGUUUGGUCUCCGAAAAACUUCAAGGGCUAUCCAACUCGAGAAACUUCAAGUUCAUCCACUCGGAGCUGCAAUUAUAUCGAAAAUGAUUCUACCAACGGAUAGAGAGAACACAAUUUCUCCACUCUUCGUUUUGCUCUGGUAUAGCUGGCAUUUAUUUGUCAGCGAUCUAGUGUGGAGGUCUGGAACUGGCACAGCUAUUGCGAAAACUAGCCAACAGAUGAAGGCACCAACACUGGAAAGCGCACUACAAGUCUUAGCAAAGGAACCCAAAAUACCUUCCAGUCAAGGUCAGAGUUCGGAAGCGCUGCUGAUAGCCACUAAGACAGUCGAAAUCACGCAGAUGGACGGACUCAUCUCGGAUGCUACAGGGAUUCAAGAGGGAAUUCGAAAUCUGUUGUCACAGUCCAAGGAACUGCUCAAGGCGGGGUUUCAAAAAGCUGAUCUCGUUCAACAGCACCUAGCAAGCCUCAAGGAUUAUCUUGCGUCAUUCAGGACCCAAUCAAAAUCCAGUGCUGGCUUCGCAUUGGAUCCAUCCCUUGAUCAACCCCUGGAUGAGGAUAUUAAAACCUUUUCUUGGUUUGUUCGGACGUUUUCUUAUCCCUUCCUUUUCUUGGAUGAAGCUUCGUUCAAUAGACCAAUCGAUAGUCGAAUUCCAUGGAAUGUACUUGUGAGUCUUUAUGAACGGCAUCCCAAUGACCCUGGUGUUCAAGUUGGUUCCUUUGCUCUGGUGUCACUUCGGGUAAAAGAGUUGUAUGAGGCUGGAACACAAUGGCAAGAAGAAAUCACAAAAUUCACAGCCUUGACUAAUCGAGGUGGAAGGCGACGAGUUCCAGGCGCUAGCCCCGCAAAGCCAGAACAAGAUUCUGACGCUUCCUCAAUCCUUCAAAUGGAACAAAUGGGGCGACUUGCUAAGCACCCUAUCUUGGCCAAGAUCGCCAUGCCAAGAGAGACUGCCGUCAAAAGUAUUCUGGAAAGCUCGAAGGAAUUUGAGACCCAGCUUCACGAUUUCCUGGGUUUGGACUACGAAGGAGCCAGUCCUGAUCGGGCAUCAUUCCCAUCUUCUGAUUCUUUGGUUGGAAAAGGAGGGGAAUUCAUCUUGUAUCGAUUGACCGGAAGUCCACUCUUUGAAGAAGUUCAGACGCGACAGCAAAGUUUGAGCGCUGUAGCUGAGCAUGUCUUGGCGGACACUCGUGGAAAGGCAACCUUUGAAUGGAUUUCGAAUGCAGUAUCUUGGAUUCAAUCUUUGGUGGAUGGGGUGAUUGACAAGUCUCCUUUCUCGGAUACUGAUCGGCGCAUGUCCAUUCCAUCCGCCGAAGCGAAGAUGAUCUUGCAGCAAGGAGAAGAGAUAUUUCUGGAGCUUCCGGACGAUCUGAAGAGAACCUUAUCGCAGCAUGGAAUUAUGGUGACGACCAACAAACAAGACCAAACGAUCAAGGUGAUUGUGAAGAAGAACGGUGCUCAUCACAGCUGCGGGGGUACUGUCAUUCGAUGGUGCCCGAUUCUCUUUCAGGCAUUGAGGGCAGACAUCAAGCGCUUGGCGAGAUGGGAAAGCAGCAUGACCAGAACAUUGGGCGAGUUUAACGUCUUUUUCAAGGAGAGCCGAAAUGUUGAGAAGGACGAUGAAACGCUCUACAAGUGGUUUUCCUUCCAAGAACGUGUUGCCGACCUUUUGGAAAGUGGCCACGAUGAAUUGGUCGUGACCCCACAAAAGAAUUUUGUCUCCUCCUUUCAAAACCUCCUAAUCUCCUUCCAGAAGUAUUUGGCUGAACAUUCCAACCAGACCAAGAACCUAAAGUUUGCCAUGAGAUGGAUAUCCGAGAGUAACUCUAUCAUAGACGACCGCUUCCUAUUGCUGGAUUCCCUGCUGUAUCGAAGUUCUCUAGUGGAGAAUGAUGAUUCAGCCGAUGAUGCAUCGCAUGCGGGCGACAAUUCCACCUUUCCUGGGGAUUCCAACCACCGAACCUUUCGGGAUUCCUGUCGUUCCUACAUUGAAAAGGCUCUAAGCAAGGCACUCAAGAUUACUGGAAUGUCCUCCUUACCCGACCUCGCCGAUAUGGAUUCCUUUUGCGCCAUUAAAGCUUGGGAAAUCGAAGGGGCAAUGUUCGAACGUUAUCAAGGAGAUUUCGGAAUCUCCAAGAUAUCGGAAGAAUACCGGGACAAGGCAAGAAGUUUCCGAUGGAGUUUGGAAGCCAAGAACAACGCAUCCUUGUGUUUGCGCAUCCUAAUGGGAGAAUUGAAAAUUGAAACUCUAUUGGACAUGUCUUCUGAAGACCUCUCGAGUCAAAAGUUAAAACUAAAGCGAGCCAAAGCCGAGCAAGCUGCCAAAUCGUCGACCAUGUUGACCAAACCAAAGAGCCCAAGUACAGCAAGUGAUGGCGGGGUCAAAGCCGAAGAAACCCAAUUGGUAGGAAGUAUAGCAGCAGUCAAAGAUGAAGUGGACGUGGAUACCAAAGCCAAAGACGAUGGUGAGAAGGCUUCAGCAGACGACUCGAAGGAAUCUCCUUCUGCCGAGUACAAGGCGGAGGCCUCAGAAACCAGUUCACCUGUUGCUGCUGCAGCUGCUCCAAUCAGCGAAGCUUCUCUGAAGGCAGUCACCCAAGCCUUUAAGUCUUACAAGCCUCCGCCUCCUCCCCCAUCUCUGGUCCAAUCGUCCUUUCAAUCCACAUUGGAUGACGACGAUGCCGGCCAUUAUCAACCUGAUCCAGACGUUCGCAUUAUGAAUUCAAAUGGUGGUGACCGCUUUCAUAUUGAAAUUGUCAAUUUGCGCCAAUCCUUUUGGGCCGCCUUGUAUCUGGAGGAUGAGAAUUCCAACUUUGGGAGCAACCAAUUGAUCCCCUCCAAUUUGAUGGAAAAGGGCCGCCUCAAGAUUGAGGAAUUUCAACGAUUCUUGCACGACAAAUUGGCCGGACGUCGAUGGGCCGCUUUUGCGUUGAGGUUGGACAUUUUGUCGGAUCAACGGGCCUACAAGAAAUUUUACAAGGAAUACGAAACGAAGAAGCGAAUUGCCAUGUUUACCGUAAGCCAAAACACCAAGGUCUUUUUAGUGACCCCUAAGUUCCAUCGAUCGGUCCAAUCCGAAGGAUUGACUCUUUUGAAUAAGACAAGCAGUUAUGCGAUUGUACUGACAAAAGAAACCGUGUUUCUAGAUUAA